AUGUCUCAACAAACGCCCCUGACCACCGCGGGGCCCGACUCACCCGCUCUUGUGGUGUCUGCUAAUGUGCAGAAAUAUGCCAUCAAGAAGAAAAAAGUGCUGUGCCCAGAAGAGGCUGAACUGUAUGAGUUAACUCAGGCGGCGGGUAUUGUUAUAGAUCAGGAAGUCUUCAAGAUCAUUCUGGAUCUGCUGAAGAUGAACGUGGCCCCUCAGGCAGUGUUUCAGACUCUCAAAGCUAUGUGUGCAGGUCAGAGAGUGGCUGAGUGUGACCCUUCACCUGCUGCUUCCACUGCUCCAGCUGAAGCUCGUGAGGAGGAAUCUUUAUCCUCUGGAAAGGUCCCCAAAACCAUUGCAGCCCCCACUGCAACUGCAGGCCCCAAAGCCACAAGAGUCAACUCUAAAAUUGUGGUCCACGCUCCCCAAGAAGCUAAUUCCUCUCACUCACAAGUACGAAGUAAAACUGGAGUGGGUCACAGUGAAAAGGCCAGAGACCCCACAUCCCAGAGAGUGCAACGCCAACCCAGCGCCAGUAGGGGGCAGAAGACUAAGAGUUCUGGCAGCAGUAGCUCAUCCUCUCAGAUCAACUCUACGUAA